GCAGGGGCAACACUGGACAGGUCGUUGGAAUGCCUAAUUAUGUUAUGAUCAAAGCUGGGUGAAUUGUCCCGAAGGACAUUGCCCAUAAAAGGAACAGAACAAGAAGAAGAAUUAUGUUAUGAUGUUAUAGGUUAUGUAAAUUUUAAAUUUUGUGCAUUUCUUUGUUGAUCUUCAAAUAAGAUGACUUUAAUAGGCAACACUCCUUUUAAAGAACCUGAUAAAACUAACAACAAACCACCAACAUCAAUACCCACUGACGGCAGUCAAUGGGGUUAUGAUUUGUACCCGGAUAGACGUUCCGGACAAGAAACUUCCAACAGUGUUACAAAUUAUUUAACUGGCAAAGGGAAAGAAAACCUAGAUAAAAUUAGGUGCGAAAGAAACGUUUAUCGUUGCAUUAAAGAAAGUCCUUUGGUGAAAUUAAUGAUGGGUGCUCUUAAAGCUUCUGGUUGUGCUAUCGAUAUUCGAAGACACAUUUCAUGUGAAGAUUGCGCCCCCACAGUCAGCGGUGGAUAUGACCCCAUCAUGAAUCAAGUAGUAAUUUGCCAAAAUACAGCUAGAAAAGUGGGUCUAGUUCAAGCUGUGCUGACGCACGAAAUGGUCCACAUGUUCGACUUCUGUAGAAACAAUUUAGACUUCAAAAAUCUAGAUCAUUUAGCAUGUACAGAAAUUAGAGCUGCCAAUUUGGCUCACUGCAGUUUUGUGUCUGCAUUUUUAAAUGGUGACGCUUCUUUCUUUUACAUCAAAGAAGCACAUCAGAAUUGCGUCAAAAACAAAGCAUUGAGUUCUGUUAUUGCAGCGAGGGAUGUUAGUAAAGAGGAAGCUAUGAUUGCUAUAGAUAGGGUAUUUGAUAGGUGUUAUGCUGAUCUGGAACCUAUUGGCAGAAGAAUAAGAAGGAAUUCCACUGAUAUUGAUAAGGCUUAUGAAGAAGGUUUUUAUUAUGGUUACGGAUAGAUAGUGUUGUAAUUGUAGGUUGUAUUAAAACAAAUUAUAUAUUGUAGAAUGUAUUUCAUUAAAUGAACAUAAAAAUAUGGGUAGUUGUCCUUUCUUGGUUCUAUUAAAAAUGGGUAAU